CACUGAUUACACAGAAACGCUUUUCACAGGAAUAGCGCCGAUAAUUUUGGAUGUGAAAAAGUUUGGUUAGAGUUUUUCUUAUCAGACGAUUGAUUUGUGUUGUUUUUUUGUUUUUUGCGCAUAAAUUUGUUUUACGGUUGUUCGACUCCUUUGGAUGUAUAGUUGAAAGAACGACGAUACUUGGCAGUAAGAUUGAAGCAAUAAUUUAAACUAUAUAAAAAUUGCAUUUAUUAAAACAAUAUGGCUUUGAGAACUUAUGGAGAUAAACCAAUUAGUUUCCAAGUAGAAGAAAAUGGAGAGUAUUAUUGUAUUGGUUCUGAAGUGGGCAACUAUUUACGUCUCUUCAGAGGUUCUCUUUACAAACGAUAUCCUGGCAUGUACAGAAGAUCCAUAACAAAUGAUGAAAGGAAAAAACUCAUUGAAUUAGGCCUCAGUCAACAUGUACUAGCUUCCAGUGUUUCACUUCUCAGAGCAAGUGAAGUUGAAGAUAUCAUUGAAGGAAAUGAUGACAAGUACAAAGCUGUAUCAGUACAUUCAACAGAACCACCAGCUCCUAGAGAAGGAAAGACUAAGAAGUCUAUGUCAUGGGUACCUAGUUUACCAAACAGUUCACAUUUAGAUGCAGUUCCUCAGGCUACUCCCAUUAACAGAAAUAGGGUACAUAAUAAAAAAGUUAGGACUUUUCCACUAUGUUUUGAUGACACUGAUCCAUCAGCAAAUCUAGAAAAUGCAGCUCAGCAAGAAGUAUUGGUACCAAUUCGUUUAGACAUGGAAAUAGAAGGUCAAAAAUUGAGAGACACAUUCACAUGGAAUAAAAAUGAAAGUUUGAUAACUCCUGAACAAUUUGCUGAGGUGCUGUGUGAUGAUUUAGAUCUAAAUCCAUUGACUUUUGUUCCGGCAAUCGCACAAGCAAUCAGACAGCAAAUUGAAGCAUUUCCUCAAGAGCCAAUCUUGGAGGAACAAAGUGACCAGCGUGUAAUUAUUAAAUUAAAUAUUCAUGUUGGAAAUACGUCGUUAGUAGAUCAAGUUGAGUGGGAUAUGUCUGAAAAGGAAAACAAUCCUGAAAAGUUUGCUAUGAAAUUGUGUGCAGAGCUUGGUCUUGGUGGAGAAUUUGUCACUGCUAUUGCUUACAGUAUACGAGGUCAACUGUCAUGGCAUCAACGCACAUACGCUUUCUCUGAAGCACCACUACCAACGGUUGAAGUACCAUUCAGACCCCCUUCAGAGGCCGACACGUGGGCUCCUUUCCUUGAGACGUUGACUGACGCCGAGAUGGAGAAAAAGAUUCGGGAUCAAGACAGAAAUACAAGACGAAUGCGACGAUUGGCAAAUACAACGCCUGGUUGGUAGAAUGCUGAUUAAACAUCUCUCGACACAAUUUUUUUUAUCAUUAAAAAGUGAUACCAAGGCAAAUUAUUUUGUAAGAUCCACAUCAUGCAUUGUAAAAAAAAAAAAUCGAAACUUACAUUACUGGAAUUGUUUCAUUAGAUUAUUUGAAUAAGAGUUUCUAAUUUUAUUUUAGUAUUAUAGUGAUACGUCUAAAUAAAAAAUAA